AUGCCAGGAAUACUUCCUAUGAAAGUGAUCAAGGUCGGCAAUAACACGCAGAGCCGUAUUGCCCAAGCCUGUGACCGUUGUCGAAGCAAAAAGAUCCGCUGCGACGGCAUUCGCCCGUGCUGCACGCAAUGCGCCAAUGUCGGCUUCGAGUGCAAGACCAGUGAUAAACUAAGUCGACGAGCUUUUCCCCGUGGAUAUACAGAGUCAUUAGAAGAACGAGUACGGAGUUUAGAAGCUGAGGUUCGGGAUCUCAAGAACUUGUUGGAUGAAAAGGACGAGAAGAUUGAUGUGCUCUCUCGGAUACACUCUUUCACGUCUCCAUCGCAACAGAAGGUUGCUCCUGUUGUUCGCUCGCCGUCUCAAGCUGCUCAGCCCGCUCCGACGAGUGUGCCUGCCUCUAGUGAAGGUGCCGUUCAUGUCCCAGAACCCGUUGCAUCGAGCGACGCAGAUGAAGCUGAGAGUUCUGGCGUUUCGAGCACUCGUGGCUUUGCUGAUGUCUUCACCAACAAACUCGCAGAUCAAGGCCGGCUAGCACCGGAGACCUCGACGAAGGCUCUGACUGCUUCUCCCACUCCUAUCUCUCUUUCCCGUCUCGAUCAGGCUCUGAAAACAGCGCCUAGGCUUGUGUCAGAUCAGCUCAUCAAUAUUUUCUUCCAAGAAUGGGCACCACUCUACCCUGUCGUUCACCGACCCACCAUUCUCAAGGCGUACGAGCAAUACCUUUCCAACUCGGAAUCGUUCCAGGGCAACAAACAUGAGAUGGCCCAGCUGAAUCUGAUCUUCGCUGUUGCUGCGCUCGGCGCUCUUUCGAGAACAAACCAGGACCCUACCCUGUUUGAGGAAAACUGGUCUCCCAUCCUUGAGUCAUUAUCUGCCGACACCUCAAUCCCUACAAUGCAGUGCUACGUGCUCGCUCAAAUGUAUUGCUUGACUAAGGGUGACUACUCGAGUGUUCUGCGCUACCGCGGUCUCGCCGUUGGCAUCUGCCACCAAUUAAGACUCCAAAAAAGCCAGAAUGGAUUCUCCUCCAACGCUCUUAUAGCUGAAACGAGAAAGAAGGUGUUCUGGUGCCAAUAUGUUUUGGAUCGUCUUUGCGCCACAUUAACUGGUCUCCCGGUUCUUCUCCGCGAGGAGCACAUUCACACCGAGUACCCCGAAGACAUCGACGAUGAGAAUGUGACGGAAACCGGGUUCUUGCCCACUUUGCCCGGCGAGUCGACGCGUAUCUCUAGCGCACUAGCCCUGUUUUCUGCAUCUAGGGUUCUAAAUAGCACAUUGGAGGUCAUUUACCCGUCUGAUGGCGGAUACGAGAUCCCAUUGUCGAAAAUGCGUUCUGUUACGGAACAGCUUGAUAAGUGGGUUAAAGGCUUGCCCGCCCACCUUCGCUUGGAGUUCUCUCAGGAUAAGCCUAGCACCAAUGUCAUCAGCAGCCGAUCACCGCUUUUGUCUGUGAUGUAUUAUUUUAUCCGGUCUCUCAUCCAUCGUCCAGCUGUCUGCUUCGGUGAGGAGCACAUUCGCUCUCCGUCCGUUCUUGCGACUGCCGAUUCUGGAAAGCAUAUCAUCCAGAUUCUUCAGCUCCUCGACGAGAGGCGCCUCUGUCUUUCCGUCAGUAUCAACCGGAGAGAGCUCAUCAGCUCCGCGGGGCUCGGGCUUCUCUGGCAGAACAUUGGCUUGAAGCGUGACAGCAAGCUUGUCAAAGAAAGCCAAAAGGUGCUUACCGGUGUCAUCGAGCAGCUCGAGUCGGAAUCGUCUGUGGCUGCCGCCGAAUUCAGCACUUUGGCCGGUGUCCUGGUAUCGUUGGAUGCCAAGCGCCCAUCGGUUGCGAUGCCCCAGCAGAUGAGUCCACCUAUGCAGAAGCCCUUGAAAUCUCCGAAGAAGCAGCUCGAGGCAUGGAAAGCUCGUUUGAUGGGAAGCACCAGCCCGAAUCAUGCACAGCAAAAGCACGAGCCUCUGUCGCGCCGAAACACCUUCUCUGGUUCAAGCCCUGGUAUCAUUGAGCGCCAAUUGCGAUCUCCUAGCUGGGCAAGCCUUCCCCCGAACGAUCUCCAACACCAUGCCCCAAUGGGCAAGAACAUCUACAACCAUCCGCUAGGUUAUGACAACAAUCCGCCCAUGUCCUGCUCAGUGCCAACAGACACUCCGCCAGCUCCACCAACUGGAAAUAUGACCCCUUCUGACUGGGAGUUUGUUGUGAGCGAUAUGGAUCAAGGUUUCUCAAAUAUCUUUACUGGAAUUUAUGGGGGCAAGGAAUGCGGGGAAGAUCACGGCCCAUUCGCAUCUUUGACCGCCGAGUAUAUGCACAAACAGCAAGGUCAAGUCAUGCCGCCUUCGUUAACGUCAACGGAUGAACUACAAGGACUGUCACCCGAGGCGUGGUCCGCCACUAGCAGUAGCGAUAUCGCGCACCCCCAAGAACUCGCGGCACAGAGCGUCUAUUCUGACGGGAGCCUGGGAAGCAGAGAUCAUGGCUUGCCUCUUCCGAAUACCAUGUCGUUCCCUAUGGAAGACCGGGCAGACAGCCUCCUGGACCCAUUACAAGGCGUUAUAAUCCCUGCUGGAGAUGACGAGAUUGACCAGUUUGGGCUAAUCAGUGGCUGGGAUCGACGGCUGGCCGUCUGA